AUGGGUGCGACCUGCGUCGGACAUCUUGUCAUAAACAUGUCGUCAGCACCACGAUUACUGGCGUCGGCCACCCGAUGGUCACUGAAGAAAAAGAUUUUUGUAUACGGCGGAACAACGGUACUCCUCGGUAGUGGAGCGGCCAUCUAUCGUGCUGUGGAUUCGAUUGAGGAUGUGAAACAAGUGGCAAAUAUUGUGGUGGAUUACAAAUCGUCGCUAAGGGGCCUCUAUGACCCAUCUGAGGAAUACAAUCUAGCUAUCAAGCAGUGCCACAAGCGAAGUGCUUUGCGAUUACUGGACUUGGCAUGUGCAAAUGGUGGUGUAUUCAUCAAGGUAGGACAACAUUUGUCAGCGUUGGAAUACCUAAUACCCGAAGAGUACACUUCUACACUUUCCAUCUUGACAUCUAAAGCUCCAGAGGCAACGUAUGAGGACGUAAUCUAUGUUGUUGAAUCGCAGUUGGGUAAAAAGGUAGAUGAGGUCUUCUCCGAAUUUGCGGAAAAGCCGUUCGGAGCUGCUAGUCUUGCGCAAGUGCAUAUAGCGAGAUUGAAGGAAACGAAUGAAAAGGUCGCAGUAAAAGUGCAACAUCGGAGAGUGUUCAAAAACAGCCGUACGGACAUAAAUACCAUGGAUUUCUUGGUGAAAGUUGCGGAUAAAGUGUUUCCGGAAUUCAAGCUUAUGUGGUUAGUUGAUGAGGUCAAAAAGAACCUACCGCAUGAACUUGACUUCAUAAUGGAAGCAAAGAAUGGUGAUCGAUUAGCGGAAAUGUUCAAACACCUCAAAUUCUUAAAGGUACCAAAAAUGUUUUAUGAGUACAGUACACCUCGGCUCCUUGUUAUGGAAUUUUGUGAAGGAGAACAUAUAGACAACAUCGAUUACAUGAUCAGAAACAAGAUCAAUCGUCCUGAUGUUUGUCGGAAAAUGGGUCGGCUGUAUUCUGAGAUGAUCUUCAUUAACGGCUAUCUCCAUUCCGAUCCUCAUCCGGGUAACGUACUCGUAAACAAGAAACCUAAUGGCGAUGUUGACAUCGUGUUGCUCGAUCAUGGUCUUUAUUUAGACAUCGAUGACCAUUUUAGGGGACUCUACGCUGAUUUGUGGCUCGCACUUUUAGCUCCAGAUCCAGAUAAGCUUAGAAGUGUCGCGACUGAGAUGGGUGUUGGUGAGCUCUAUGGCUUGUUUGCAUGCAUUGUUGCUCGGCGAUCGUGGAAGGCUGUAUCACAAGGCAUUAAAAACCGAAAAAUGGAUAAUAAUGAGAAGGACGAACUUCGCCUUUACGCAGCGUCACUCAUUCCUCAGAUCAGCGAGGUUUUACACAGAAUGCCGCGCGAAAUGCUCCUCAUUCUGAAGACAAACGACUUACUUAGGAAUCUUGAGCACGUGCUCGGAAUAGAAAAUCGCGCUGACGCACACAUCGAGAUGUCGAAAUGUGUAGUGCGGAGUCACUAUGAGCUGAAACUCAAAGAUCCCAACAGAAGCCUUUGGGAGACGAUCCAGAUACGUCUGAGUUUGUUCUGGGCCCUGUUUAAGAUUAGGUCAUAUGAAUCGCGUACCGGUCAUCACAAUGGACACAUUUCCAUUUAG